AUGACUUCGAUAUCAUCACUGCCAGCCCAUGCGGCGUCAAAUUCUGCCCCGUCUCCUCCUUUUGUUCAUGUCGAUGGCAUACCCAAUUUCCGCGACAUAGGGGGCUACUCGAUCACGGACUCGUCUUCAACGCGACGAGGCUUCAUUUUCCGCUCGGCUUUGCCCACUCGUGUCACAGCCGACGGCAUCAAAACCCUCGCCCAGGACUUGGGCGUACAUACAAUCUACGACCUUCGGUCAAAUGUCGAGUUGCGCAAGGAUAAUGCACCUAGCCUGCUCACGUCAGCUGAAGGCAUCACUGUGCUACAUAGACCAGUCUUCCCCGAGACAGACGCGAGCCCGAGAGCACUGGCCAAAAGGUGGGCAAAUUACAUGUCGGACAAUGGUACCGAAGGCUUUGUCGCUGCAUAUGCCGAAAUCCUUCGGGAAGGUGCGGGUGCGUACAAGGUGAUUUUCGAGCAUGUGCGCGACCACCCCCAGAAGCCUCUUUUGCUCCAUUGUACGGCUGGAAAGGACCGUACGGGUGUCAUUGUGGCGCUCCUGCUGCUGGUAGCUGGAGUGAAGGAAUAUGAUGUUGUUGGAGACGAGUAUGCUCUUACAGAAACAGCGUUUGAUCCAAAGAUAAGGGCUGCACUUGCUGAGAAAACACUCAAGGAAAUGGGACCCAAUGCAGAUGAAGCUGGAGUAAAGCGGAUGUUUUCGGCUCAAAAGGAGAAUAUAAUCGCCACGUUAGAACUCAUUGACAAGAACUAUGGCGGUGGAGAGGGGUAUCUGAAGACAGCCCUCGGGUUUGAAGACACAGACAUCGAGCUUAUCCGGAAGAACCUCACGGCUGGAGAGAAGGGUAUAUUUUAG